AUGGCGCCCGGACACGGCCAGCGACCUUCGUCGGGAAGAAGCGUGCCCGCCACCGCUGACUUUCAGUACGAAUCAUCAAACAAGACGGUCAACAAGUUUCUAGGUGGUCGUCAGCGAGCGUGGAUGAGUAAUGCGGCGCCUGUGAAGCCCACUCCCCGUCCCCCGAAGGAAUCCCUGCAUGAGAGGAGACCGCCCAUCCGCAUCGACUCCUCUCAACAACCACAUCAGCAAGAAACACUUGCAAGGCCAGCCGCGGCGGCUGCGGCUGCACCACCACCUCCUCCUCCUCAAGUUGUCAACCGUCCACAGUCUCUGCCAGUUUCGGCGCAAACAGUCCAAGUUCCUCCAGACGCAUCUCCUGCUCUUCCUACUCCUGCGCCCAGCGACGAACCGAGCCCAGCACUGUCUGCACCUAUUCAGCCCACAAACUCCUCGCAAACGUUGCCAUCUGUUUCAACUCCUACAAGCUUUGUGCCGGUAACCACGGCCCACUUUGAAUUGAUACAGGCAGUUGCUACUUCUGAGGCUGUCGGGGCAACGAGUCCAGAUGCGCAGGAUCCAACUCAGCUGGCGAGAACCCCCGCCGUAGCGACAGGACAGGCAGCAGCAGUGCAAGAGGCUGAGAACCACAUUUCAACUGUUUCCGAUCCUGAUUGCGGAGCAGUCACAGCGGUGCAGACGCCCUUGACACCGAGCACGUCGACUGUCACGCCGAUGUCAGCUGCUCUUCCACCAUCGCCAAAUGUGCGCGAGCAGCCGCCGCCGCCGCCUGCCAAGCGCCAACGUGCCGGGAACAUGGCGUAUACUCUGCUCGCCGAUCUGAAUGCGUUUGCGAAACUUGAGCAUCAGAUCACGCAGAGUGGCGGCGAAUAUUCGCUUGAUGGCGACCUCGAACGUCCUCGUUAUUCGCUUCUGAGGAAUGCCUGUAAUGAAGGCGACUUGUUCUUUGUUGUCCUACACCAACUUUUUUGCUGUUGGACACUAAGCACCGAGUUUCUCCAUGAACUUAGCGUUGAGUGCGGUGCAGAUCCAAGCCAAAUAGACAAUGCAUUUGGACUGCUUGAUAGCAUACUCAAGAGCAACUCCAAACUGCGUAUUGCGCAUGCCAGAUUCUUUGAAUCAUUUCCUGCGCCGCUAGGAGCUCGCAACAACCAGUUCCCACUCUACAAACAGACCAUGGUGCAGGUUUUCACCUUUCUGACGCUCAUGUCGCAGCGAUGGAUAGUAGUCACUGAUGCUCACGUCAAAUUGGGCUAUCCUCUUUUGAUGGAUGAACUGCUGAAUACUUUCGGCCUCUAUUCAACUACCCUCCAGGCGAUUGUAUUUAGAGCUUCUCGGAGAAACCUGGGUGUCAAGGAUGGGCAGGCAGGCGAGGCUAUGGACCUUUUGUUCAAAACGGAUCAGAACGCACACAACGAUGGCAACGGCAACAUAGUCUCGAGAGUCGUGGCCGAUAUACACAACGAUCAACGCAACAUACAAUUGAUUCAUACCUAUAAGAUGCUCGUAGCCCAGGCGCGCGCCUCUGGUCAGGCUUUCCAGCAACGCCAGCGGGUGCCCUACCAACCACAGCACUUGAGCCAACAACCUAAUACAAUGAUGAGGCAUCCCAACAACCAUGUUCCCGUUACAGGACAUGCGUCUGGAGGAGCAGGAGUUUCACAGAACAUGGUGUCUGCUCCGAACGGUCAAGCAUCCGCUACCGGUGCGUUUGGAGGCAACUUUGUGUUUGCUCCAACCGUUGCUAGCCAGCAAUACUCAGUCCCAUCAACUCAUUUCAACCGAGCUGCAAGUAAUGGAGCUGUCAACUCGCCUACAAACGCUACGUUCUUUAGCCAGUUGAACAAUAACAAUACCCCAAUCGCGACAGGACCUCAGCAAUCGCCCAUCAUGGCACAAGGGCAGUUCCUCCAGAUGCUGGGCUCUCCUGGGGCCCAAUUCAGUGCUAGCCCGCAGUCUUCACCACACUUGGCUCAAAGCUUUCCAUCAGCACUGCACUCGAGGCGCAGCUCACACCACUUGCAGGCACCUGCUGUGCAAUCACCACAGAUGCAGAACAUGAUGAACCUACCCCAGCAGAUGCGAGGAUCACCAGUCCAAAAUAACAUGAAUUCUGUGCAGCAAACGCAAUUGCCGAAUCCGUCCUCGCCACAUCUGCCGCCAGGUACCUCUCAGUCGCCUGUUCAGAUGCAGCAGAAUAUGACGGCGAUGUCAUACGCGGCACAUGUCCGUGCUAAUCAACGUCUGAAUAACGCAGCAGUCGACGUGCGACAACUUCAGCCCACGCCAUCACAGCAGCAGCUGCAGCAGCCAUCCCUUGCGAUGUAUGCAGCAGCGUAUGCAGACCUUGGCCGCCAGAACAAUAGUACCCCCAACAACCAAUCGCUUCCUCCAGCCCGAAUGCAUGUCACGGCAACCGCUGACUUCCGCCGCCAUCCCCCCACACGCAUUCCACAGGAUCAGCAUCCACAUGAUGCUCACAGCAGGAAGUCGCUUGAAAUGUCACUACACCAGUCACAUUUAAGAAGUCCCAGGAGGAUCCUCAAAGGUAUUAUGUUCUCAAGUCAGCAUGAACGGUAUUAUCAAUACAUCAAAUAUCUAGCGCUUGACCCUUCACCAAUACCCCAGCAGAAGUAUCUUCACGUCUUUCAAUUCAACGUAACUCAAUCAGAGGUUUUCAAACUCUCCAGCGAUUCCCCAGCAAACGCACUAGGCCCUCCUUCCAACUUCUACUUUGACGGUUCCUUACGCAUCAGAAUACGGGUUUGUUUUGCGAGGGGCGUUGGAAGAGUGCCCUCCGAGCAGGAUUGGAUCGUUGCUGAGACUGACUGGCCCGAGCAUAUCCAAAUGCAAUUGAAUAAUCAGCCGCUAAUGUUCAGACGUAAACAACAUCAUUCCAAGGACCAACCCGUAGAAGUUGGAGGGUUUGUCGUGGCUGGGGAGAAUAUUCUCAAAGUGUCGGUACCUGUUCAAAAGCCAUUUGAAAAGGGAAUGCCUUUUGUCGCCGUGGAGGUUAUCGAGACGCUGAGCCACACUUCUAUGUAUGCACUGCCUAACCUUUCCGAUGAGGCAGUCAUCCCAGCAGAAGAGACGCGCGUGGUGAUCCAAAAUCGCUUAGGCGGAGCAUCAAACUCAUGUGACGACGACGAACUGGCCAUGGUCUCAAGCGAUCUCAGCAUUAAUAUUACUGAUCCGUUCAGCAUGAGCCUGUGGAAUACGCCAGUCCGAGGCAAAGGUUGCACGCAUCUGGAGUGCUUCGACCUGGAGACUUGGUUGACAACUCGUCCUGGCAAAAAGUCAUGUACCUGUGGGGCCAAAAGGGCAUCGGAUUGCGAGCUGUGUCCCAAAGAGCCUUCGCUCGUCGAUAAAUGGAAAUGUCCACUCUGCUCAGGCGAUGCGCGACCUGGUAGCCUAAGGAUCGAUGGUUACUUCGCAAAGGUCAGAAGGGCUUUGGCAAACCAAAAUUUAUUGAGUGUGAAGAAAAUUCAGGUGACCACGGAUGGAUCAUGGACUCCAAUCAUUCCGGACGAUGAUGAUGAUGACAACACUGACAGCGACGACGACGGUCCGGCAAGGAAUGGAUCACUCAAGAAAGCACCAAUAUCCAGACCACCUACGAAUCAAGUGGCCCAGCAGCGGGGCAGAACCGCACAAGUAGAAGUCAUAUGUCUAGAUGAUUGA